CCCACUCCCAAAGCAAAAUUGAAAAUUGAAGCUUUCAUCAUUUUUUUGAAACAACCAAUUCUUGAAAAAUUCGAAUCCUUUCCAAUCAAAUUUCCCAAACCCAAGCUUGGACUCACUUGCAGAGAACCCUAAAACCCUAAACCCAGAUCGCAGUCUCGGAAAUCAUUGAUGUCUAACAGCAGCGGGGGCAGCAAUAGUGACAGCUCGUUCGAUAUUGAGGAGCUCCUGCAGAUUGGGACAAGAUGCAGAGAGCUUAAGAAAGAAAAGGACAUGUUGAAAGAAUCACAAUCCCAAAGCUUCGGGCUAAUCAGGAGUUUGGAUGUACAUAUGAAGUCGUUAUCCGAAUUCCGCACAGAAGACAAGAAACAAAUUCAAAUGUUAGAGAAAGAACUCAAGAACUGCUCUCAAGAAAUAGAUUACCUUCAGGAUCAAUUAAAUGCAAGGGACACAGAAGUGACCUUUCUUGAAGAGCAUGUACAUAGCCUUGAGUUGAAAUUAGCAGGCACAGAGAAUUUACAGGUGACAGUUGACAGGUUAAGAGAUGAGCUGAAGAAGUCCUAUUCAGAGUGCUUGUUCUUAAUGCAAGAACUGGAAAGCAAAGAAGUGGAGUUACAGAAUUCAAAUUUGUGCAUAGAGAAACUAGAGGAGUCAGUUUCAUCCAUGUCAUUAGAGUCUCAGUGUGAAAUUGAGAGUAUGAAGCUUGAUAUGUUAGCGUUGGAGCAGAGUUGCCUUGAAGCUAAUAAAGUCCAGGAAGAAACUGUUCGAGAAAAAACUAGGAUGAAUGAGUUAAUUCAAGAACUUGAGGUUCAAUGUCAGGAUGCACGGAAAACUGCUGAUUGCUUAGAUAUGGAAAAUAAGGAACUAAGGGAGAAGCUUGAUGCCUCAGAGACAAAUACUAGGAUCUUUUGUCAGAGGGUUGAAAAAUUGCUGGAAGAGGAUAGAUUUGAAUUCAAGUCAGAGUCUUUGUUAAGUGAGCUAGAGGGAAGGCACACAUAUUCAAUAGAUAUGAGCACUUGUGGAGAAGUCUUGGAGUCACUUUUUUCCAAAUUGGCAAUGGUACUGGCACCAGAUGCCGAUAUGAUAGUGAAGAUGAAGGAGAUGUCACACCAGAUACAUGAAUAUGAACUUCUUGUGAAGCAACUAAAGGAAGAACUGAGAGAAGAAAAGUUAAAGGCAAAAGAAGAAGCUGAGGAUCUGGCUCAAGAAAUGGCUGAGCUCAGAUACCAACUUACAGUCUUGCUUGAAGACGAGUGUAAGCGUCGUGCUUACAUUGAACAAGCAUCUCUGCAAAGAAUUGCUGAGUUAGAAGCGCAGGUUAAAAAAGCACAGACAAAAUCCUUCGCUGGUCUCCUCAGUCUCGAUGAACCAUAGUGGUGGAUGGUCAACAGUUGCGAGAUUUAAUUGACAGAGGCCGUAAGGUUCGUUUUAAUUGCCCUCAAUUAUGAUUACUGCUGCUCCAUCCCUUCUACCUGAUUGAUCUUAGUGUCAUGCUUGCACUAAUAGUCGCAUAUUUGCUUUUUAUGUUUUGGAAUAUGAAUAUUAUGCUGAUUGUUGUGACUUGUUGAAACUACUGGCGUUCUAUAUGACAAUUUCAGAUUUGAGUGAUUUAGUGAAGGUUAUGCUUGGAAAGACAGUUGGCUUUCAUUCAACCUGGCAUCUCUUUCGGCUAUGAGUGCAGACAAAUCCCGGGCCGAAAAACUGACACUAAUGACACAGGUCAGUCUCCCAAUGGAACACAACUUGAGACUGAGGUGAAACCUAUUUUUGUCGAGGAUCUCCAACAGGGUGCAUGGUAGCUGGGCUUUGAUGAAACCCAUUCAGGGAAAAAAAAAAAAGACUUCCAAGUUGAAUGUGAUGAAUUGCAGUAGUGAAUUCAAUGAUAGGCAUACAAUUUUGAAAGAUUGAGAAUGCUACAUUGAUCCACUGGAGCCCUUGUAAGUUUAUCCUCAUUGUAAUGUGACAAUCUGUUGUACAUAUUUUGAAGUUGAUUUAUGGUGGUGAGAAAGCAAUUUGUGAUCA